AUGACAUGUUGUGUUGCAACUACCUGGGAGAUCAAUAGUAAUUUGACGAGUGUCUGUGGUAAGCAACUUACAGAUGGUUUCUUUUACAAUUACACUUGUGUAGAUAAGGUAGGCCAGGACAUUUUCAACAAUUAUCCAAUUUGCAAGUCGUGCACUAAAGAGAUGACCGAUGGCGGAAAACAUUUGAUCAUAGGUCUUUCUGUAGGCUUUGGCGUUUUCUUUAUUGCGCUCUAUGUUUGUUUAUUCUUUUGUAUGCGUCGUGGUAAGAGAGUUGUCAACAAAAAAAUCAAUGAGUCGAAUGUUCCACUCAUCUCGCCAUUGAAACCAAAAGAGUAUUCACAUGCAACUGCAACUGUUCAACCACCACUCAUGUCAUACCAUCCACCUUUACCAUCAUUACAACAACAACAACAACAACAACAACAACAAAUAUCAAAUCAACCUCCUGUAGUACUACAAAACCAUCCAACUUCACCUAUCACCCAACAAUCACAUCAACCUCUUCAACAACUCUAUUCAAAUAUGCAAUCACCAUAUAUUGCUCUACCACAAAAAUAUAUGCAGCCAUGCAAUCAGUCUUCAAACUAUGUAAAUCCCAACAACAACAAUAACAAUAAUUAUGAUAAUAAUUAUGACAACAAUUAUGACAAUGAUUAUAACAAAAAUUAUACCAACAAUAAUAAUCCAGUAUAUAACAAUAGCAAAAACAACAAUAACACUAACAACAAUAAAAACAAUAAUAAUAAUUCGAUGUAUAAGAACAACAACAGCAAUAACAACUCUAACAACAAUAAUAAUCAACCAUCAAACCAACAUUAUACUCCACAACAAAGGUUUUUGAAAGAUGAACCUUUGGAUGAUGACAUUUUUGAUGCUGAUUUCGAAAUUAACAGCAAAAAUAAUUUUAAUAUGACCAUCACCAAUAGCAAUCACAAUAAUAAUAAUAAUAAUAAUAAUAAUAAUAAUAAUAAUAAUAAUAAUAAUAGUAAUUAUAGUAGACAUUCAAAUAGCAAUCAAAAUAAUAGCAACAACAAUAAUAUUAAUAAUAAUCAAGAAGAAAUAACAAUAUUGAUUAUAGGAAGAGACAAGUCAUUGAAAGAAGAGGAAGAAUUAAACACACCAGUUUUCGAAACACCAGUCAUCAAUAGUAGUACAAAUCGUGCACAUAGACAAGCUCCAAGCAGGAUUGGAAUCCCAAACCCACCAGAAGAUACAAAUACAAAUCGAAAUGUACAAACAACAGUUUCAGUUGUACCAACAAAUACCAAUAGCAACAAUAACAACAACAAUAGUCGUUCAACAAAUAACAAUGCAAGAAGUAGUCCAACAAGUCAAACAAGCGUUACAAACGCCACAAGAGGCAACAUAAUGAAUCUUUCAAAUUCCAUUUUUGAAGAUGAUCCAAAUUUUUAA